GUGCGUGUGCGCGUGCGCGAGGAGAUGGCUAUAAAAGAUCUUUUAGAAGAAGAGCAAAGACACUGUGUCACAUUCUUCUAAGCGUUGGAGAUGGAUUUCUUCCCGCUCAUCCUGAUGGUGACCGCACUUCACCCUUCUUCCACGCAGGAGCUCUCGUGCGAAAACUUUGAUGUGGAGGACUAUUCGCUCAUAGAAGGCGAAUCCUUCCAAUUUGUUCCGUACAUCCUGAACGACUCCAUGGUGGCCUUGGAAACUUUCACGUGGUUCCGAAAUUCUUCAGGCCGAGAGCGUACCGUGGUCCCAUCCGAUGAAACGGAGAGGAUUCACCACCACGGCGGCGCGCUCUUCCUCUUGAACGUCACCGUGAAGGACUCGGGUUUCUACACGGCUCGCCAAAACAUCACGAGCGAGGCGUGCGAGAACUAUUAUGUGAAUAUCGCGGUCCUAGAAGCGAGUCGAGCUGACAAGGAGCACUUCUACGGCGCUCUGGAUGAUUCCGGAAGGAACAAACAUCUCGUGUGUCCUGACCCGGUGGCCAAUAUCUGCAGGAGGUUGGGCGGAGCCUUAAGCUGGUACAAGGACGACACUCUGCUUCCCGGUCGGCGAUCAGAGGCCAUGUGGCUACACAACCUAACGCCCGAAGACCAAGGCGUGUACACGUGUGUGUGCACGUGGACUCACGAGAGCCACCAGUACACCACGUCGGGUUCUAGGGAGGUCACAAUCCAAAAUUCGUUCUCCUCCAAUUUGCUUAUCUUGGCGCCCACAAAGAACAUCAGCAGCCAUGAAGGCGUAGAACUGCGGCUCAACUGUUCUGUGUUCUGCGGAACCAACAUAAAUCCGAAAUGCUCGGCUCGAUGGCAAGUCGGCGAGAAGAACGGCAAGCGCGAUGGCUACAUUGAGAGCAGGAACGUCCACACCUCCUCGCCUUCCCAGAGCACGGUUGCCACGGCGAUCCUUACCAUCGCCAAAGUAUCAUCCGGAGAUUUCCGAACAAAUUUCAAAUGCAUCGGCAGCGACGACUUCUCGACGACGGAGCGGUUCUUCACGCUGAGCUCUAGAGAUGCACUCACUCCACUGUGGCUCGCUGGAGUGGGUGUUGUGUUAUUGUGUGUGUCUGCUGUCAUCCUGGUCAAAGUCUUCACUGUGGACAUCACGCUGCUCUUAAGACCUUACUUGCCCAUGGCUGUCUGCAAUAAAGAUUCCAAGAGGUACGACGCAUAUGUAGUGUUGGAAACGCCGCCGGCUCAACAACGGCAGAAUGAAGGAGUGCAGUACCCCGGGAAGCCACCAGAGGACGCCAACAAGCACAUGUUGGCUUUUGCGGAGCAGCUGGUGUCCGUCCUGGAGAACGCUUGCCGAUAUCACCUCUUCGUACAGCACAGAGACAACUUGCCAGGAGAAGCCCACAUUGCGCAGGUUCAGAAAAGCAUCGAGCAGAGUCGCAGGCUGAUAUUGGUUCUCGCCCCACGUUCGGAAUCAUCCGAUCGGCAGAUCGAUUCCACCCCUCGCCUCAGCACGGCAGGCUUUGAUUGGCAGGUGCCUCUCCACCACGUUCUCACCCAACCCAACAUGGCCGUCAUCCUCAUUCAGGUGGGCCAAGCGGGGGAUUACGCCCACCUUCCCCUGACCCUGCGCUAUCUGCUUGCCAAGAACGCCCCCCUCAAGUGGUCGCCCGAGACACACGGCACCGCCACGCGCCACUCUCGCUUCUGGAAGAACGUUCGCUACCUCAUGCCCGUCAGGGCCGCUACGCGUCCACCACAACAGGAGGGAGAUAAAGGCUACACAGGAAAAUGGUGGGGGGUGUUAGCGCUGUAGUUCCCCUUUUCCCCACAAGUGGGAGACAAACAAAAUGGUGGAGGGGAGUAAGCGCUGUAGUUUCCCUUUUCCCCACAAGAGGGAGACAAAGUUUACUUUGUGAUAUGUUUGAAGUGUACUUGUCCCUUUUAUUUCAAAUCCUUUGUUGACACCAUAACGUUUGAUUAAACAAGCAGUCCCAACAAAAUACCCGGAGGAAACCUACACAAGCACGGGGAGAAAAAACGCCACAGAAAGAAAGCCGGAGCAGUAAUCAUUUGUGAACUGUGAGGCCGACAUGCAAACCAGUGUGUCUCCUCUUCAGUCUUUCACUUCAUUGACUUGAUUUCUCACUCAUCAUUACACACAUUUUCUAGUUUUUCAUUCUUCUUUUCUUUCCUCUACAUGGUCAUUUCAAAUUAGAAAGCCUUGCUUUUUGAAGACAAGUCAUUUUGACAAAUACGUAAAGUUAAAAAAAACGGAUUAGAA